AUGAGUUUGUUGUGAAUCUGUUUCGAUUAUGUGUUUGAUUAUUUUCUUGUUUAGAGAGGUAAGUAUAAGUAUAUUAUUCCAAUUUGAAUCGAUUUUAGUGGUGAAUGCAGUGAUAAUGAUUUACUGUACUGUUUUUUGAUUAAGUAGGGUUUUGAAAUUUCAAUUGUGUUUUUUUUUACUAACAUGAUUGAAUAUUUUGAGCAUGUUUGAAUCAAGAGUCUUGUGAAUUGAUCUGAUUUAUUAUUUUAAUUUUUAGAAUUGUCUUUUUCCUCUUUUUUUUAUUAUGUGUCAUGCACUUUCUAGGAAGGAAGAUGAAGAAAAUUGCUCACUUAAAAUCAAUUUAGUUGAUCUUUAAUGCGUUUUGAACUUUGUAGCAUUGACACCUCUGAAAAAAUGUGUAUCUGUGACAGUGUCAGUGUCCGAAUCCCACACCAGCACUUAUGAUUGCGUUUAUUUUAUUCAUUUUUUCCAAAUUAUUACCAGUGUAGUGGCGGUGUCGUGUUUCUGAUGUCCGUGCUUCAUAGAUUAUGGAAUUUAAUUUGUGAAUCAAAUCAAAAUGUUUCAAAUAAGCACUUAACAUGAAAAAUGAAUUUAAAAUAAGUUAAAUAUGAUUUCCAAUUUUCAGUGACUCCAAAGGCAAUGUUAAGUGGGCAAUUGGUUGGUAUCUGUUGUUAAACAGGGCUGUGGAAUUUAUGUAAAUGAUGUCAUGUGGCUUUUCAUGCUUGUAAAUGGUUCUUGCUUAGAGUUCUUUUAAGCUUCAUUUCUUUAUCUCAGCAUGUGUCUGUCAGUUUUAAUAUUGAAUUUAAUUAUAUUCAUAAUUCAUUUUUCACUUCAGUCCUUUACAUCUUUGUUCUCUUGUCUGUUGUUUCAUGGUGGAAAAUAUCUCUAGUUACAGUGAUGGACAUGAUUUGGAUUUCUAAUGUCUCUCUUCAUGGGUAAUGAUAUUUGUCAAGUUUCACAGUGCAGAGAGCAAGGAUGGACAUUGUUGCUCUUUUAACUUCAGCUGGAAUUAAUAUUGCUGUGUGUGCAGUGCUCUUUUCACUUUAUUCUGUACUAAGAAAACAGCCCAGCAAUGUUAAUGUGUACUUUGGACGGAGAGUAGAAUCUCAUCGUUCACGACACCCUGAUUUCUGGCUGGAAAGAUUUGUUCCCUCUCCUGGCUGGAUAUUAAAAGCAUGGGGAGUAUCCGAGAAUGAGAUAUUAGAUAUUGGUGGCUUGGAUGCCGUAGUUUUUGUAAGGAUACUUGUGUUCAGUAUUCGAGUUUUUUCCAUUGCUGCUGUCAUCUGCACUGUUCUAGUGCUUCCUGUGAAUUACUAUGGUAGAGAAAGAAAUCAUAAGAAUAUACCUUUGGAGUCAUUGGAAGUUUUUACCAUUGAAAAUGUCAAAACAGGUUCAAGAUUGCUUUGGGCUCAUUGUCUUGCAUUAUACAUCAUUACACUUGCAGCUUGCACUCUUCUUUACUUUGAAUACAAGAGUAUUACUAAGUUGAAGCUACUUCAUAUUAUUGGAUCUCCUCCAAGACCAAGUCAUUUUACUAUUAUUGUCCGAUCAAUUCCUUGGUCUGCAGAGGAAUCAUACUGUGACACAGUGAACAAGUUCUUCUCAUAUUACCAUGCAUCAACAUAUUUGUCUCACCAAAUAAUUUAUAAGUCUGGCAAAGUCCAGAAAUUGAAGGACGAGGCUGAACAUUUCUGCAAGGUAGUUAAGGACGCUUCAUCGGAAAAGACUUGUAAAGCAACUUUUGUGCCAUGUUGCUGUUUGACUUCCACAGAUUCUUUUAAGAUGGAUUCUAAUGAGAUGGGUAGUGUUCAAGGGGGAACAUGCUACACUGACAUAGAUACAAAGAAAAAGGAACUCCCAGCUGCUUUUGUGUUCUUUAAAAGUCGGUAUGCUGCUCUUAUGGCUUCACAGACUCUGCAAACAUCAAAUCCUAUGUUAUGGGUGACAGACUUGGCUCCUGAACCAAAUGAUGUUCACUGGUCUAAUAUUCGUGUACAAUAUAGGCAAAUUUGGAUCCGUAGAAUGGCUACAUUUGCGGCUUCGAUUGCAUUCAUGCUUGUGUUCCUCAUCCCUGUUACACUAGUACAAGGAUUGACUCAACUAGACAAGCUUCAGAAAAUGUUCCCUUUUCUGGCAGGGGUACUUAAAGAGCCAUAUGUGAUUCAGCUGGUGACGGGUUACCUACCAAGUGUGAUAUUGGUUUUAUUUUUGUGCGCAGUUCCACCUAUGAUGAUUUUUUUUUCAACAGUUGAGGGUCCUAUUUCCCGCAGUAGAAGGAAGAAAAGUGCAUGUUGGAAAGUUUUGUACUUCUCAAUCUGGAAUGUGUUUUUCGUUAAUGUUUUCACUGGUUCUGUUAUCAGUCAACUUUCAGUCUUUUCUAGCAUAAAAGACUUGCCUGGACAACUUGCCAAAGCUGUGCCAUCUCAGGCUACCUUCUUCACAACUUAUAUUUUAUCAUCUGGUUGGGCAAGUUUGGGAUUUGAACUUCUGCAAAUUUGUCCUCUUUUAUAUAAUCUAUUCCAGAGAUUCCUACUCAGAGUUAAGGAUGAUACACUUAUUGGCAUAACUUUUCCAUACCAUACAGAAGUUCCAAGGGUAUUACUAUUUGGAUUUCUUGGGUUUACCUGUUCUAUUCUGGCACCUCUAAUGCUUCCCUUCUUAUUGAUCUACUUUUUCCUUGCUUACCUAGUUUACCGAAAUCAGAUUUUGAAUGUGUAUAUUACAAAAUACGAUAGUGGGGGACAAUACUGGCCUAUCGCUCACAACACAACAGUCUUUUCGUUGUUAGUUGCUCAAUUUAUUGCACUUGGGGUGUUCGGAAUAAAACGCUCGACAGUUGCAUCUGGAUUUACCAUUCCCUUGAUCAUUAUCACCCUUCUUUUUCAUCAGUAUUGUAGGCAUCGAUUUCUCCCAGUAUUUAAAAGCUAUUCAACACAGAUUCUUGUUGAUAUGGAUAGGAAAGAUGAAGAUAGUGGCAACAUGGAAGGGAUUUAUGAACAAUUGCGUUCCGCAUACAUCCAACCCACUUUAGUGUCGCAAGCCCCAAGCCCAUCCGAAUCCACCAGCCCACAAGACGACAAGCAGUCAUCUGAGAUUUCAGUAGAUAUCGAGAAAGGCAAAGCAGUUGAUCAACAACAUAGACCAGAACCUGUCCAUCGCACAUUGAGUUCGAGCUCAGAUAAAUCAGUACUUAGUGGAGAUCAAACGAGUGAUCCGGCUUGUACAUUGAAUAAGAAUAUUCUUAAUGCGCCCCAUCCAUCACUUGAACAUUUAAUUAAUGAUGGAUUAUGAUGGUCUCUUGAUUCA